ACCCUUGUGAUGAUUGCACUACAGCAGCACCCACGAAAGACACACUGCCUUCCUGGGAGCCUGCCCAUUGGCUGGAGUUAAACCCUGCAGUGUCCCUAUAGGAACGCUGCAGCAGGUUAACCCAGGCCCGUGUUUCUUUCAGUCUUCACCCCUAGCUACAGCUCCUCCCCUCUCCCCUGCAUGGGCGCUGGAUGAGAUGGGGCUGGAGGGGUGCAGGGUGAGGUGCCCCCACUCCUGUCGCCCACCAGUUUCACUUAGGGACCCAUGAGGUCACUGGUUUCUCAGCAGUCAUCAGCACAUAGGAAACAUGAAAAUGGAACUGCAGAAAAAAGGACAGGGGGCAGAGAUCCCGGCAGAGAUGAAGUCAUGGUAAAUCUGCUCCCACUGUGCUGAAAAGGGACCCGGCAGGGAGAGGAAGUCUGCAGAUAGCCCACACCACCACCACAACAUGACUUUCACCACGGUGCUGCGUGUCACAGCUCUGCUCCUGCUGCAAGGGGAUUUUCCAGAAGCUGGCAGUGAAACUGUAACUCUACAGGAAGGAGAGGACCUGAACCUCCACUGCACCUUCAGCGGUGAAAGCAGAGCUGCCAAGCAGUGGCUAAACCCCCGGGGGUUUGCCAUUUUCCUUAACAAUCACCGGGCCUUAAGAGAUCAGAGGUACAAACUUACCCAUUAUUCAGAGGAUGAACUGUCUAUCAGACUCUCUAAUGUAACAGUGCAUGACGAAGGCGUAUAUAAAUGCUUCUACUACAGCACGCCCUUCAAAAGCAAGAUGACAACCGUUGAGGUGUUAGCUGCUCCUUCUAAGCCUGUACUGCAAGUAUCUCAAGACAGAGAAGGAAGCGUUACACUGUCCUGCUACACCCAAGGAUGUAAGCCACAACCCCAGGUUACCUGGCUGUUGGAUAACGGGAUACAGCUUCCUGGUGACACCAGGCACAAGUUAGAAGCCGAUGGGAAGAAAUGGACCACAACCAGCACGCUGACAGUCCUGGCAUACAGGUCCAACUCAACAGCCAGCUGCGUCGUUCGCCACAAAGCACUGGGAGGAGGGAAGCUGACCGUGCCUUUCCAGUUCGAGGACGUUCCCAGGACAGUGACAAAUACAACUCCUGCACCAACUACACUAGAGGUGGAUAUGUAUGUCUCUGAGAAUGAGCAGCCUACAGUGACCACAACGGAGUCAGAUCUGAACAGCAAUACAGACUUCUCUCCAAGCUACCCACAACAUAAUGGGCCCAGAGCAACAUCAGCUGCAGCAGGAGAGCUGUCUGGUACCUCUGCUCACCACAUCCCUAACGGCACUGAAACAGCACUCAAUGGCACAGUCACAGAGGAACUUUUCAGGACAGAAGGCUCCUUCCCAAGUGAAAAUGUAACUCUGAUUUCCAUCGUCACCUUUGAGCAAGACAUUAACUUUGAAGGCAUGAGUAAGAAGGAGAAGGAUUUCCUGCUGCCACUCUUGGUGGCUGUUCUCAUUGUCAUGUUGCUUGUUAUCGUGGUGCUUUUUACAAGGAAGCUGAUAAAAGCUCAUGGAGUUUGGAAGAGAGAAAAUGACACUUCAGACCAGACUUUGGAGAGUUACAAAUCCAAAUCUAAUGAAGAAAGUCCAGGCCACGAGAAGAACGGACAAGUUGUCAAUCAGAAGUCCAACGUGCAGUAUGUAACAGAAGGAUAUGUGGAAGCAACACAAAAGAACCCAAGUGAGAAAAACGCUGAGAUACCCGAGGAACGGUUUGCAUGUGGAAAAGAAACAAAUGUAUAGAGACGGGGUCCUCCUGGCAAGCCUAUAAAACGUACAGAAAUACCACUGUUUUCUGAUAUUUAUGUUUCAGUAUUCACAAAUCAGGAUGAUUUCAGGAAACUCUGAAGUUUUUCCCAGGAAACUCUGGGAGACAGAAACCAACCGGGACUUCUAAUAUCUCAUUCUGACAGCCAAACCUGGGCACCCAGCUGUAUUUAACCAAACAUCCCGAUGUCAAAGGUGUUUAAAAACGACAUGGCUGUCUCCCAGGAGUUGGCAAAGGAGAAGAACCACAUGGUGGGACUCCACAACCCAGGGGUGCACGCACCUGCCUGUGGUGGACAAGCUGUGAGAACCAGCUCAGUUUCCAGGACAUUCCUUCUGCAGAGCCCCACGGUGCCAUCAGCGGGGAUCCCUUCUUUUGCAGGAAGCUCGUGCUGUGGUUCUGUAAGGCACAACCAGACUCCUGAAAUAAAGGGAAUGUUCGACAGGAGAAAGCUGUAUUUGUUCUUCUCACAAGGGAUGAUUGUUUCUCACCGGACUUAAGAAAAAUACUGAAAACUGGUUUUGGAUACCGAAUUAAAUAAAUGGCCUUGAAAUGACUGCUAGAAAUAUUUCACUUUUAUGUGGAAAAAUGAAAACAUUACUUCAUUUUUGACCUGGGGAGGGUAAGCAUUUUGUGAAACUUGAUAACUCAACAGGGCUGAGCCCGGCCCAGGCUGUGAAGCAGCUCAGACUAGAAACCAGCAGCAGUGUCAAGUGUUCACAACCGCUUUGCAUGUAUGAAAUGUAUUAAGAAAACUACAUUUGUAUAUGCAAUAUGUGCCACGUGGGGAAGCCCAGCCCUCCCCCUGGCUGCGCUCCUGGCGGCCCACAGCGGCCCGUCAGCGCCGCGCCGCGCCGCGCCCGUGGCGGGCUGCACGCUCGGGAACCGCGAUCGAAUCCCGCGCUUCAACAUCGCGCUUCGAUAACGACCACGUUACCCGUUUCUCCUCAGCAGGCAGCAGCCAUAGUUCUAAUAAACCAGCCUGAAAUUA